GAAAGGUGAGGCAGUUUUUGACUUGUGAGUACAGAAAUGGUGCAAGAUCGCACUGUGCCCAGAGGCAUGGGGAUGAGCUGAUUAAACAGCUCACAGGGUCUUCAGAGAAAAUUAUGUGCAGCCUCGAUGCACCCGCAGGUUUAAUUUUCUUUUACUGCUAUCUUCAGUUUCUCUCCUCCCAUGUUUAUCCACUUUAUUUGGGUGAAAGGUGAGGAGGAAGAGGAGGAGGUGCUCUUUCAGCUGCAGGUACUUUAGCGUUCAUCAAGGAAGGCUGCUGUCCCCGGGCUGCGGAGGUGCUCGUUUCCAGGUUCUGAGGGGAGGAGGAAAGCCUGCCCGAGGAACAGCAGCUGCUGCUCAAGUGUCGUCUGCUCUGAUCGCCUCUUUUGACUUUUUUGAGGAAAAAUUUGAGCCAAUUUCCUCAGAAGCAAAGGAAGAAUGGAUUCAGCAAAGGUUCACAAGUCAUCAUUUUUGGAUGGGUAGGAGCUGCACUUGUAAUUUAUCUCAGCCUGGAAACUGAUGCUGAUGUAGAAAAGCAUGAAAGGAAGACACCUUGUCUCUGUCUCUAUUGGGAUGCCUUGUUCCAACAGCAGUCAUUGGCUGGGGGAGAUUUGCAUUUUGAAAUGCAUACCCAAAUGCAUGAGGAUUGCAGUCCUGUGUGAGAGCUGAUGGAUUAAAAAUAUCACAUUCAGUCCUAUGCCAUGUGUGCUCCCAGCGUAACUUAAGCUUAGUUGUGUUCUGAAGAGGUUGCGUUUCAUCAUUUUAUAGUUACUAUCAAUUGAAAAAAAGGUUUCAUCUAAUAAAACUCAUGUCAAGACCUCAGGUCAGAAUUUUCUUCUUGAAAGACUUAAGUAAUAAAGGUCAAGAAAUCCAGUGCAUUCCUGCUCAACUCUAGAAGAGCAGAGGAGUGCACAAAGGAGAAGGCCUACUGUAGAAUCUAAAGGGCAUAGCUGAAAGAGUUGUGCAAGUGGUGUGAAGGAGACUGUGCUAGAAACACAGAGGCAGUGCUUGCCAUAGAAUCAGGACUUGAAAAAGAAUGAAAGGAAGUCAUCAUGGUGAUUGCUGGGGAUGAGAACACAUCAGUCAGAAGGCUGAAGUUGUAUCCUAGUGAUGAAGUUUAAAAGGACCUUUAGCCUUGACAGCUUAGAAGUAAAAGAACAAAUGGCAAUCCAGAAAGUGACUUGGAGGGGCAGAUACAAGUAUCUGAGUAGACAUGGACUCUUCAACCUGUAGAGAGACUGUGGAGGUGAGAUAUGAUAGAAAUCAGCAAAAUCAUGACUGGCACAGAGAAGAUUGGUAGCCACUGCUUUUUUUUCAACAGUUCUUCCAAAAUAAAAAUGAGGGGACAAGCAAUGGAACUGAAGUCUAAAAACCAAAGUGGUUCUUUGCAUAAGAUACAUCUGAGGACUCCUGUUGGGUUAAAGUUUACGAAUCUCAUGAUCACGUUCUUUUGGAUAUUCCUGUCACUAGAGAGCAGAUGAAUCACUAUCGAGCUGCAGCUGAAGCUGCUCAAAGUGAACUUGCAGCACUUUCAGUGAAGUAUGAUUGUGCCGAGUCAGAGCUUCUUGAACUCAGGUCCAGCAUAAUCUCUAACGAAGCUUCUUUUCAAGAGCUGAAGGCUGAAGCUGAAAGCUAUAAGGAAAACAAUGCUAGACAGAAGUCUCGCCUCCUGUCUUUGCAAACACGAAUCCAGGAGAUGGAGGAAGAGCUGUAUGUGCUCGCCACUUCUAAAAACCAGGCUGAGCUGACAGCUCAGGUGGCAUAUAAGGAAAACUGGGAGCUGAAGGAGGAGCUGCACAAUCAAAAUACCAAACUUAAUAAAUAUUGGAAUAAAAGUGAAGAAAACAUGACUCAAGCUUCUAAAAUCAGCAGGAAGUAUGAAGAGCUCCUUACACAGCUUUCUGGAUUCUUGGACACAGACAUCAGAGAAAAAGAGAAACCACAAGAACAUUUAAUGUCGAAGGUCUCUGAAAUAUGUAAAGAAAAUCUGACACUAAAAGACCAGGUUGCUGCUCUUCAAGAAGCUGUGAAUGUCCAUGAGAUGGAGUCUAAAGCUAGCAGAGAAACUAUCAUGAGGCUAGUUUCAGAAGUGACAAAGGAGCAAAAAAAGGUGGCAGGAUACUAUCAAGACAUGGAAAAACUUAGUAAGGAUCUUGACAGCGCUACAAAAGAGAGACAGAGUUUAGAGAUGGAGAUCAGAAACCUCCAAGAUAAACUGACUGUUAACCAGAAAGCCUUGGACACCUCAAAGAGGGAACUGGACAGUCUGAAGAAAUCUUCUGCCGAGUUAGAUGGAAGCUUGAAGAGCAGCAGAGCAGAAGCCAGGACUGCUUGGAGCUCUUUAGAGGCUUUUAAAGAACAAAUUGCCACCCUGCUCAGCAGUGGAUCUGCAAUAGUUGAACCGUCUGAGAAGGCCAUUUUGGACAGAAUUCGAGAAAUAAAUUGUAAAGAGGAGAGUAAACAAAUAAUGGUAUCUCAACUUGAAACCCAAAUCACUAAAUUGACUGAAGUUUUGGAAAAUCAGACCAGAUUGUACCACAAAGCUCUGGAGAGGAGCAGGAAAGCUGAAAAAUGUUCUGAGAGUUUCCAGGAUCAACUGAAACACUUGGAAGAAGAAUUGCUUACUAUAGAUCUGAUGCAGGAUGGUUUGAAGCUUGAGAAACAAAAAUAUCUGAAAUUUCUGGAGCAACUGAACGAGAAGAUGAAGCUGGAUAGUCUAGCAGCAGAGUUUGGAUUCGAUAUGAAUAUGGAUGCGAUUCUAGCCCGGGUAGAGCAGUUAGUGAAACUGGAAGGUGAUGCAGUGAUUGAAAACAAGACUGUGGCACACAGCCUCAGAAGGAAGUUGAAGACUCAGAAGGAAAAACUUGAAAGCAAAGAGCUUCACGUGAACCUUCUGCGGCAGAAAGUAACCCAGCUGGAAGAGGAGAAGCAAAUCAGGACUGCCUUAGCCGUGGAAAGGGAUGAGGCCAAUCUUGCUGUCAGAAAUUUACAUAAGAUGAUAGAGAGGUUACAGAAGCAGCUUGAUGUGGCAAGGGAAACGAAUACUGAUCUCAAAGCCAAGCUGUCUGAAACCAAUGAACUUAAGAUCAAAACUUUGGAGCAGAACAGAACAAUAGAAGAACUCAAUAAAUCUCAAGGCAAAUUGGAAAGAAUGAAAGAAAAAGCUGAGAAACAACUUAGAUCUGUCAAAUCAGAACUUCUUUUAAAGGAACGUAAAGCUACUGAAGAUAAAGAAAAAAACCAAAAUAUAUUAGAAGCAGUUACCAGUGAAAUGAAGGUGCUUAAAACAACCCUUGCAGAACUAGCAAAAAGAGAGAGACAGCUGGCAGAUUUCCGAGAGGUGGUCUCGCGGAUGCUGGGCCUCAACAUUGCCAGCCUGGCUCUUCCUGACUAUGAAAUCAUUACAUGUCUUGAUGAGUUGAUUCACUCUUAUCAGCACCACUGCUUCCCUUGUGUCUGCCUCAAAGAGGUGGCAAGGGCACCAGAGGAGCAGCAAAGAAAUGUACACCUUCUUCACUGAAAGGAGACAGAACAAAGUAAAAUUUUCUUUUUGCUUAAGGCCUUACCUGCUACACAUCCACAGAAAAGAGAUACUUAUUUCUAUUCCCUACUCUACAGAAACCGACUAGGGCUGAUUUUUAGAAUUUCAAUAGGGAGACUGAACCAAAUAGAUAGAGUAAAGCCAGGAGCCUGGAGAUGGCAAAGAGAAAAUCUCUGGGCAGCACAAUGCUUCAGUUAUGAAAAUAAUAGGCCCUUCAGUCAUGAUCAACGAUACCCUCCAGUUUCAUUGCAGAGGCACUGAAGUCAUGAGCCACCCAAGGUCAGUUCACAGUUUUGGGAAGCAGUUGAGAAGUUAGUGAAUGUCCACUUUAGUCUCAUUCCUUCUGAUUUGCUUCUGGGUGUCAAGGAUAAAAUAAAGUAGGGGUUGUCCUGCUGCUGUUUCUCUUGACAAAUGGGACCUCUCUGUGUUUUUACACAUAAAGACUUUAGCUUCAAGAAAGUUAUCUGGAAGUUAGAGGAUUAUCUCAAUUUUUGAACACGGGAUUUUUUUUUUUUUUUACUUCUGUUGUUUUCCUUUGUCUGCGCUUCUGCCAAAACAAGAAGUUUUGCAGCAAAGGCUUUUUCACAGGCUCUUGUCACAUGCCUGAUAUAGAUAUAUUUGGUAAAAUUGAAUGGUGACCUUGGUCAUGAUGCCUUGAAAAUUUUUCUUCUGCUGUAUUCCUUGGGCAAUUAAUCCACAGGCCAAAUAAAUGGCAAUUGUUCUGAGUUAAGGAAAUUUUAUAAUUGUAAAAUGCUUGUCCAUUACAGAAAAUACGUGAAUUACUAAAGUCUUUAUUUUCAGAGAAGCAAUGGUGAGGUGUACAGAACUACCUCUUAAUCAUAAAAACUGCUUUCUAUCACCUUUUCUGAGUGUUAUUAAACUUUAUGAUUUUUUAAAAGAAGUAUGAACAGUAAAUCUGUUUUCAUAGCACACUCAACUUCAUUCUGUAUUUUUAGUUUUUUCUUCCCAUUAUAUGUUUUGUAUGGAUGUGUAGAACAAUAAAGAAGACUAAUCUAUUUAUGUCUGACCAUUUGUGGGCUUUCUACAGUAUCUCAGCAAAUGAUAACCCACUCAGUAAAACUGAACACACUAUUUUAGGAAAAAUUACACUUUUUCAAAUAGGAGUGGUAAUUUUGGUAUGUGGCUGCAGCCUCAAAGCUUUUUUUUCACUUGCCUCUGAAGAAUCAUUUCUCAAUGACUUGUUUGUAAAAUAAAUCAGUCAUUUGGGGAGAUAAACUAAAUAAUAUUUUCUUGUGCUCCUGUGGCUACCUGGAUUAAAAACAAUUUCAUUUCUUGUUUUAUCAUGUAAUGUUUUGGAGGGAAUGGCUUCAAACUGAAAGAGAGCAGGUUUAGAUUAGAUGAUAGGAAGAGAUUCUUUUUUAUGAGGGUGAUGAAGCACUGGAACAAGUUGCUCAGAGAAGCU